AUAAGGAAGGAUGGACUUGAUUGUGUUCUUUGGAGGAGCUCCAGUCUUCACCUUCAGCUUGGACAUCAUCUCCUGGCUUCCAGCGCAGACUCUUCGGCCUUCUGAUACAGAAGGCACUGCAGCGAGCUCUGGACCGUGGACCGAAUCCUUCUGUCUCCAGGCUGCAGACUCCCUCUGCACGCUUCCCGAUUCGACUCUGUGGGUGACCAUCGCUCCUAAUGUGCCCAUGGAUCCAACCCUUACCGGAUGGCCUGCGUGUGAACCCUCCUGAGGACAUCACCUGUAAGUCACAGACUGAGGAAAUGAGGUGCUUUCUAGAGACAAUGUUUACCUUGGCUUACCCCAGAAAGUCUGUUCAAGGGACCUGGAGGAAAAGAAAAACCCACCUUCCUGAACCAGGUGCAGUUGACCUGCAAGUCCCCAUCUGAAGAGGACUGACGAGGAGGACCACUGUGACGCCUCUAGUGACUCUGGGACUUUGUGUCAUUUCCUCACCUGCUGCCCUGGUUUCUGGAGGAGGAAGCUGAGGAUCAGGAAGAUGAGGUUGAAGACAGCGGCGGCCCUAGGACCUGGAUGAUGGAAACACUUUGGAGAACAAGGCCCCAAAGACUUUGCUCUGUGUGACUCAAGGUGACUGAAGUGGAGACAUGAUCCGCCCUCUUUGCAGCAAGUCCCCUCGAAGGGACACCUGAGUGGUGCCCUGCCUUACCUAGCUGUAUUAAGUCACUUAACUGUCCCGUCAAAGCUGGGAUAGCCUCACAAGGUUUCAGUGAGGGACCUAGUUGGAGUGUUCUCCAAACAGUCAACCUACUGUUGAUCAAGUCCUCUGCUGCAUGAAAUGUCCUCUUCCUCUUAUCUCAGGGCCUUUGCUCCCGCUGUUCUCAUGGCCUGCCUGGGAGACAGAAGGGGCUCUUGUGCUCCUGGAGAGAGACCGUGCUCCUGUAAUGAAUGAAUGACCUUAUCCUUGAACCUUUACUCAAACUCACCCUCAUCAGUAAAUGGUCACAGUUCUGCCCUGUAGAGAAGAGUCUCUGGCCCUAUACAUGGAUAUUCACCCACUGUCCAGCCCUGGGUUGGGGGUAUUAGAUUCUACCCCAAACUAGUCAGCCCCCAGGGCCUGUCUCAGUGUGACUGUUGCCCUAGGCUUGUGUGUCCUGCUUUGCACACCUCAUUUUCUGUAUCCUCUCCCAGUCUCUGCUCUAAUACCUGAAGGUUGUUGCUAAUUUCACAAGUCAGAAUAUAACAUUCCUUCCAGUAGUGAAGGAGGAAAGAGUAAAUGUUUAUUCAGUUCCUAUGACAUGUAAAAAAUUGCAUUACAUGGGCUGUCCUCCACCUGUGAUGACAUUCGUCCUGUAGGGGACAUUUGGCAAUAUCAGGAGAUAGUUUUACUUUGCACUUGCUAUAUAGGGGAUGGAGUGAUAGAGGCAUCUGUGGGGUGGAGGACCCCACAGAUGCUGCUCACCCUCCCAUAAUAUACAGGAUGGUCACUCACAGCAAACGAUCAUCCAUUCCAAAAUGUCAGUGCUGUUGUGACCCCCUGUGUUAGAUCUUUGCAGGCAUGGCCUCUCUGAGUACUGAUAUUGCUCUUUCUUGUACCCAAGCUGGCUGAAAUCUCCUGUUGAAUCCACUCCUGGCUGGAUGGCUGGCUGGCUGGCUGGCUGGCUGUUUGGAUGGCUGUUUGGAUGGCUGGCUAGAUGGCUGGAUGAAGCCCUUCAAGUAUCUGCUCAGGAGUCACUUUCCAGCCCCUGCACCCAGGAAAGCAACAGGUGAUGGACAGAAUGGAGCCACUGCUGAAUGGAUGGAUGGAUGGACAAAGCCCUUUUUGCCUGUACAGUCAGACACCCUAUAUAGACAAGGUGUCAGGAAAAAUGAGGUCUCAGCUUUGGAAGCUUCUUCUCUUGUGCCACCUGCUCACGGGGAUCUCAGAAGGUUUUCUUUUCAAUGGUCGAAGUAAUUCUGUGGGCCAGGUGAAACCUGCUCUGCAGAAUGUGCCUGAGACUGCUGACAGUCUAGCUGAAGGUUUUCAUUGGCAAUGGAAUCUCAACCCCAUGGUGUUUCCAGAUUUCAUUGCUAAAAGGAAGAUCCAGAAAACUGAGAAUGUGGUGGACUUUGCCUUGCCUCACUUGCUUCCAAGUCUGGAGAAGUCUUUUGGGGUGAGAAUCAGCAAGACUGUCAUCAAGAACAUCCAGGCUGAACAGGCAACAGAUGGCAGAAGUAUCACCCUGAGGUUUCUGGUCACGGCUAACGUCACUGCAGCCCUGCCCCUCAUUUGCAGGAGGGUCAACUUAGAGGUCUCCUUGGACCUCCUGACUGGAAUCAGACUUAUACCAGUACCUCAGACCAAUCUCUUCACUGUGACUGUGGGAGAAUUCACUGUUGACCCAGACACCAUCACGAUCUCCUUACUGGACAGAGCUAAUGACAUGAUCAACAGGUCCAUGGACUCAGUGAUUGAUGUUCUGAAGAAGAUAGUUUCUGCCUUGUUACAGAAUCAACUAUUCCCAUGGAUCCAAAGCUCAUUGGAUGGUCUGCAGGUGAACUCUCUUGAGGGGAUCUAUGCCAGACUUCACCAUGCAGCUAACCUGCAUGUCUCCAUCUGAAGAGGAUGAGCGAGGAGAACCACUGCAAUGUCUCCUGUCGGUGUGUGUCCAGGGCCUUGCCUCGCUCCCUAAUCGCAUCUCCAUCUGGGAAGGUAGGGGCAUCACCAACCAGAGUGACUGCCUGAGCUGGCCAGAAGCACUUCUCAUACUCCUCAUCUCCUCAUGUGGGACAGUGGUGUCUGUACCUUUCCUCCUUCUGGCAAUAAAAACCCAUU